CCUCUCUGAAAUCAAUAAAAAAAAUAUUUUUUAAAAAAUAGAAGACAGCUUGGAAAAAAGCCCUGGUAAGUUGAUUGGAGAUGUCUCAUUCUAUCGUCUAUCCACUCUUAGUUCUUUUUCAGACACAUCUCCUCCUGCCACAUUACAUAUUUUGUUCUGAUUUUGGGGAAAGUGUGCCCAGUCUUUCUAGUUCUAAUAAAAACAACUCAGUCUGUAUCGGCAGCUUACUGGGGUCUCAAGCCAGAUACCGCACUGAAUUCGCUCCAUGAGAUCACGUUGCAUGUUGUCUCUGUCGCCUUCAGUAGAUCCCCCAUGACCAUGUGUUCCGUUAAGAUUGAGUGUGUCCUGCCAGAGAACUGCCGGUGCGGGGAGUCUCCAGUGUGGGAGGAAGCGACCAACUCUCUGCUCUUCGUAGAUAUUCCUUCAAAGAAGGUUUGCCGGUGGGAUUCGCUCAGCAAGCAAGUUCAUCGAGUGACUGUGGACGCCCCUGUCAGCUCCGUGGCCCUCCGCCAGUCGGGAGGCUAUGUCGCCACCGUUGGAACAAAGUUUUGUGCUUUGGACUGGGAAGAUCAGUCAGCCAUUGUCCUGGCCACCAUAGAUCAAGACAAGAAAAACAAUCGAUUCAAUGAUGGGAAGGUGGAUCCCGCUGGGAGAUACUUUGCUGGCACCAUGGCUGAAGAAACAGCCCCAGGAGUUCUGGAGCGGCACCAAGGGUCCCUGUACUGCCUCUUUCCUGACCACCAUGUGGAAAAGUACUUUGACCAGGUGGACAUCUCCAAUGGCUUGGAUUGGUCCCUGGACCACAAAAUCUUCUAUUACAUAGACAGCCUGUCCUACUCCGUGGAUGCUUUUGACUAUGACUUGCACACAGGAAAGAUCUCCAACCGCAGAAGUGUUUACAAGCUGGAGAAAGACGAACAAAUCCCAGAUGGAAUGUGUAUCGAUGCCGAGGGGAAGCUCUGGGUGGCCUGUUACAAUGGAGGAAGAGUGAUUCGUUUAGAUCCUGAGACAGGGAAAAGACUCCAAACUGUGAAGUUGCCUGUGGAUAAAACCACCUCCUGUUGCUUUGGAGGGAAGGAUUACUCUGAAAUGUACGUGACCUGUGCCCGGGAUGGAAUAGGCCCUGAGGAUCUUUUGCGACAACCUAAAGCUGGUGGAAUUUUCAAGAUAACUGGCCUGGGGGUCAAAGGAAUUCCUCCCUAUCCUUUUGUAGGCUAAGUGACAGACCUUCUUUCCUACUGGAGGAAACUUUGCAGACAGCUAGAAAAUUCUGGAGCUGAAAUUUCAAUCUAGUUACUAAAAACUAAAGCAAUGACGUUAUAACAGAAUUACAUUUUUAUUUACUAUUUUUUAAGUGUAGAGAUUUUUAACAAGGAGUGGCAGGUGGGUUUGAUAACAUACUAUAAGGCCUUCUGCAAAGGUACUACAAAAAUGUCAAGAAUUGUUCAACUGUCAACCAGCCUCUUGAUUCUUUACAAAUUGCUGGUGGACAGGGGCAGAGGAAAGAGACUAUACCUGCUCUUUAUUCUGCAGUUCAUACUUACUAUUCCUAAAGCUUCAAACGAAUAAAUAGCAAUCUGCUAAAGA